AUGCACCUGAUCACGCACUCCAAGUUCAUCGACAGUCAUCAGCCAGCCAUGAGCAUCGUCCCGACCGCCGCGUGGCAAAGCGUCCUUCUCUCCUACAACCUCAUGUCCGCAACGUCUCCGCUGCUCAAAGGGUUCACCGAGAUAUUCAUGACCGCGGGUACCUCCUUAGGAUAUGUUCAGGAGGGAGCAACAACAGGCGGGGGGAGUGGAACAUUGGGCAGUUAUGAGCUACGAUCGUUCACGAAGACCAAGUCUAGAGUUAGAAGUUCCCCGUCUGAUGCCACAAACUCGCAACCACGAGUCGCCCAGGUCCAAUGGAACACAAGAUAUAAGCCGACUGCAUCGAAAGCGACAUCAAAUGACGACUUGCGGCACUACAAUGAGAGCGCAUCUAUUGCUAGUCAUGACUCCCGUCGAAUUAUGAUCAAGCGAGAAUGGAAAGUCUCGAGAGAUUAG